AUGUCAAACAUGGACGACUAUUCUCGCGCGGCCAAACAAGCAAGGGAUUGCAGCCAAUCGAGUAAUGAUGCAGAUUUUGCUAUUGAAAAUGCUACCGAUUACGACGAGCUCGUCGGAACACAUGAGGACGUCUAUGACGCACUCGAUCGUGGUGGUGCAUCUGAAGUGGCAGGUCUAGUUGGCACUGGAUCCGAUACUUUUUGCAAUCUUUUCGAUGCCAAUAUUCAAAACGACGAUGAACGUGUCGAGUCCAGUUUACCUGUCUUUCCAAAUUCAGGUUCGUCCGUUUUCAAUGAAAAAUACGAGGAUUUAUUGAGCGUAGCAGCGCAGACGACGGUGGAUACGGUCGUCGAUUUACACUGCUCCCAAUUGGCGUUAAAGUUUUCGAUCACUGAACUGCAGCAAUAUGUGAAAGACACAUCAAAUGACGAAUUCCAACCACAGCGCUUGGAUAGUUUUCACAGCGAGUGUCCCACUCAAGUUAUCGAACUCAUUACUAAUACGCUACAAGGUGUCCAUGAACGAUUAUCACCUUCAGAGCCGCUGACAGAAUCACCGACACUGCCAUUGAUGCAAUCACCGCCUGCUGUUGCACCGGUUGCUGGUGGGACCGGCAAAAGCCGUUUCAUUGAAGCAGUUGACGCGUUCUGUGCUAGUUGGCACCGCGAUGCAUCUAUUGUGAAAACGGCAUUAACAGGCGCUCUCAAUGGACUCAGUCAAAGUGAUCUUCGGUAUGUCAUGAGUCUUCCCGACAAUCGCUUUGGGCGAAUGGCGCUCUAUCUUGACCUUCUCGACGGUAUGUCCAUCCAAGUCACGCAGAACGUCGCAACCGCGAAAGGUAUUGCCAACGGCACACUGGUCAAUCUUGAAUUCGUGCAUUUUCCCACUAACACUCACUUUCGCCUCAUGCGCGAUGGCGCGUCGAACACGAUCGUCCAGCUACCCAGUCACUCACCGGACUACGCUAUGCUGCGUGUGCCGCGACCGCGAGCGACUGCGAUCCGUCCAGGAAUUGAUCCAGAGUUGUUUCCCGUGUUUUUCAUCACCGAAGCAUACAUGAAGUCAAUCAUCACGCUACCAAAAGCGCCGGACGGUCGGUCACUGUGA